AUGGAAUCUGGAGGUUCAUUGAAGGCAUACAACGCGAGGUAUUGGGAAACCUACAACGAAAUCCUCGACUGCCCUACCAAUCUGGAAAUCACUCAAUACAAGAGGGGUCUCCCAGUCGGACAUAGAUUGCGAGACUCGCUCACGAUGCAUCAGCCUACAACCAUGGAGUCUUUGAUGCAGCGGAUCAAUGAGCACAUUCGUGUGGAGGAUGAUGCCGCCUCUGCGACCGAGAAGGCUAAUCCGGUCGCGGCCGACAGAAAGGUGGCGGGGAAGGUUCACUCGGUCGGGCAGGAGGAUAACCGCCCAAACGACCGGUCAAAAGAUCAACGUCGUGGUUCAAACCGUGACGAUAGAAACAAAGGUCGCAGAAACAACCGGGCUGACGCUCCCCGCAAUGCAGAGGAGGAUGCCAAGAGAAAACUGAAGGCACAGACUAGAAUCACCACGGUCUUCAAAAUCCCUAUCUACCGCAUCUUGAGUGAGAUCCGAGAAGAGCCUUUUGUCCGCUGGCUGGCCAAGUUGGGGAGUGCACAGAGAGGCUUCAACUCAAGAUUUCGAUGCACCUUCCAUGAAGAACGGGGGCACCGAACAGAGGACUGCUUACCACUCAAGCAACACUUUGAGGAGUUGGUGGCGGCGGGGCAUCUUGACCAGUACAUAGAUGGAGGCAUAAAAGCCGCCCCGUAG